AUGGCUUAUUCCAGACUGUUGCUCUUCUUCAUCCUCUGCUCCAUCCUGCUACAACAGGGUGGCAGUCGUCCAUCCCGCUCCCGGAAGGCAGUUCCAGCUCGACAGAAAGGUAAAAGAGAUGAUGAUGAUAUGAAGGCACAAAUUGACAAGCUGUGGCAAGAGGUUAACUCCUUGAAAGAGAUGCAGGCGUUACAAACAGUUUGUCUUCGUGGCAUUAAAGCUCACAGGAAAUGUUACUUGGCCAUUGAGGAGCCUAAGCACUACCACGAGGCAAAUGAAGACUGCAUUGCUCAAGGUGGCACCUUGGCUACACCACGAGACAUAAAAGAGAACAAUGAAUUAAGGGACUAUGCCAGACGCAGCUCCCAGGGAUCCAAGGAAUUCUGGAUAGGUGUGACAGACAUAGUCAAAGAGGGUCAGUAUGUGGAUGUCAACAGUAUACCUGUAACUUUCUUCAACUGGGAUCGCUCCAAGAAACAGCCUACAGGAGGCAAGAGAGAAAGCUGUGUGAUUUUGUCCCUCGCAGCACAGGGAAAGUGGCAUGAUGAGGUCUGCCUAAGUCCGAAAAACUACAUCUGUGAAUACAUCAUUCCUUAA